AUGGAGUCGAGAGAAGGUCCCGGCCUGAAGGCCGUCGCGAACGAGACUCAAAGCUUCGCAUCGAGGACCACUAGAGAGGGCAAGAAGUAUUCGUAUGAGUUGUUGGUGCUUCAGCAGCCUACUCGUGCCAGGGCUUGUGGAGCUGGAGCGAAGUCCUCAGCCGACCGUCGACCAGUAGACCCGCCGCCGAUUGUGCGACUCAAAAUCUUCGAGGUGGACGACCAGUCGAAGAACGAUGUUACCUUCGGUAUGAACGCAAACUACUUCUUGUUUGCCACGCUGGAACAAGCUCGAGUCAUGGCCAAUGGCCGUGUGGGCUCGCAAGACCAGAAAGGCUUGACUGUCCUGACCGGCACACCUGUCGCGGGCAUGGUCUGUUUGGAACGCCCUGAUCCGGCCGGCUACUUCAUCUUUCCGGAUCUUUCUGUACGCCACGAAGGAUAUUACCGGCUCAGCUUCAGUCUGUAUGAGGAGUUGAGGGAGGCCAAGGACGAGGACCAGGGCGAGGAGGUUCCACGGACCAACGGCAACGACGGAUCGCAUGUUACCCACAGGCUGGAAGUCAAGUCCAAACCCUUCCAAGUGUACAGCGCAAAGAAGUUCCCGGGUCUUACCGAGAGCACGUCGCUGAGUCGUACGGUCGCUGAGCAGGGCUGCCGCGUGCGCAUCAGAAGGGAUGUACGUAUGCGCAAGCGUGAGGGCAAGAGUGGGAAGGACUGGGAAGGCUAUGAGGAUGAGACUGCAGACGCCAGGGCACGCAUGUCUGCUACGCCCGAAGCAGCCGGUUAUGCAGCGCAUGGAUUUGAUCCCGUACCACGACCGCGGUCCAACAGCAAUACGAGUCACCACUCGAUAGCGCCGUCGCUUACCCUCUCACGACGACCUUCGCAGCAAGAGAUGAGCCAAGGUUAUCACCCCACUGCAUAUGGCACGGCGCCGCACACACCACAAUCGGCGUACCCUCAGACGUCACCUUAUGGUGCCUCGCCGGCCUCGUCGUACGCUCAAGCUCCCUUCGUGCAGCAACCCUCUUCAAUGCAGCCGCCUCCACCUCAGUACCAACAUCCAUCAUACCAGCAGCAACCUCCCAUGUCUCAAGCAGCGCCUCCACAGCACGGAUACUAUUCACACGGGUCCGCGGCACCUCCUCCUCCACCGGUUACAUCGUACAGCCCGUACCCGCCUCCACCGCCGACUUACGAAUCGCAAGAGCAGCAGCAUCACCGGAUGAGUAUGGAAUACAACCAUCCACAACAUGACCACCACCGGUUCUCUUCACAAUUCACGGCGCCACUUCCGCCGCCCGCUGUCCAGCCGAGCUAUGCACCACCCUCACAGUCCAACUACUAUGCACCCCCACCACCACAACAUCAACCGUCAUACUCCACUCCACAGAGAAGUAACAGUAUCGGCCACAAGCCUCUACCUCUCGAGCCGGUCCAGCCGCCAACACGGACCACUGGAGCCUCCACGCCCACCUCUGCGCGUGCCUUCUAUCCAGAGAACCGUUCUGAGAAGUUGCCACCUAUUGCCAGCCUCAACCACAACAUGCACGGCAGCAAACUCGAGCCCGCUGCGCCCAUCUCCACCGCCCCUCACAGCGGCUACCAAGCAACGUCCGCUGGUUCUCGGCUAGACUCGCACAAGCGCGGCUACGGAGAAGUCUUUCGUGAACAACACCAACCACUGCGGUAUGGCGCGCGGCCGAGCGAAUCUGGCAACAUCUACUAUCCCACCCCGACCGAGGUAGAUGACAACGACAGCACUGGCGGCAGCUACGAAGACUCUCAGCGCUAUGCCAACUACCGGCGAGCCGAUGGGCGUUCGGGACACCGUUAUCUCCAACAGCCGGAGGACGAGGUUCACGCAUGA